AAUGACUACAAGUAGUGAAACGUAAAUAAUAUAAAAAAUAUUAAAAUAAAACAAAAUGAACUACUGGAUUAUAAUAUUAUGGACUGUAUUCUCAGCCCUGUUUGCAUUUUUCAAAUAUAAAUACACCUACUGGGAGAACAGAGGUGUUAAACAAUUUGAUACCAAUCCAAUAUGGGGCAAUAUACCCAAAAUAACCACCAUGCAUCACAGCGAAUUGCUGGAAGAAUUAUACGAAUCAUUUAAGGGCAAGGAAAAAUUAGCAGGCACCUAUAUCUUUACCAAACCCAUAGCAGUGAUUUUGGAUUUGGACUUGGUGAAGACAGUGUUGAUAAAGGAUUUUAACAAAUUUGUAGAUCGUUUUGAGUUUCACAAUCCCAAGGAUAUUUUAGCCCAACAAUUGUUCAGUGCGAAUGGUGAGAUAUGGCGGAGUUUGAGAACUAAAUUGACACCCACUUUUACUUCGAUUAAAAUGAAAUACAUGUUCCCCACUAUGAUGCAAGUGGCCCAGGAAUUUGCCAACUGUUUUGAAAAGGAACUAAGCAACUCCGCCACUCAUACAGUAGAAAUGCAUGAUAUAAAUGCUAGAUUUACCACCGAUAUUAUAGGCAAUUGUGUGUUUGGUGUACAGUGCAACAGUUUAAAGGAUUCUAAUGUAGAGUUUCGUCAAGUGGGCAAACGUAUAUUUGGUUAUAAUGAUUUCUCUAUUAGAUGUCGUAUUUUCAUUUUAUUUUAUGGAAAGUUCUUACAGAUGUUGGGACUCAAACGUUUCCAACUCGAUAUGGAAAAUUUCUUUGUGCGCAUAGUAAGAGACACGGUAUGGGAAAGGGAGAAACUCAACAUAAAGCGUAAUGAUUUCAUAGAUAUUUUAAUUAAUUUAAAAAACCAAAAAGAUGCAAAUGGCAAACCUUUAUUAUCUUUGGAUCUAAUAGCUGCUCAAUUGUUUAUAUUCUUUGCGGCAGGUUUUGAAACCUCCUCCAGCAACAUGAGUUAUGGUUUAUAUGAAAUGGCCAAGAAUCCUGAUAAACAGGAGAAAUUACGCAAUGAGAUAAUGGAAACUUUAGAGAAAUACAACAAUGAAUUAACCUUUGAGGCCAUGAUGGAAAUGUCAUACUUAGAUCAGGUGAUAUCGGAAACUUUACGUCUUUAUCCCGCUUUAGCAUUUCUACAACGCAUUUGCAUGCAGGACUACAAAGUACCCGAUACAGAUGUAGUUUUGGAAAAGGGCACUUGGGUAUAUAUACCCGCCAAGGCCAUUCAUUAUGAUCCUGAUAUCUAUAAAAAUCCUUUAGAAUUUCAACCAGAACGUUUCCAUCCCUCUGAAGUGCACUCUCGUCAUCCUCAAUCAUUUUUAGGCUUUGGUGAUGGUCCCCGCAAUUGUAUUGGUUUGCGUUUUGGUCGCAUGCAAGUUAAAAUAGGUUUGAUUACACUUUUGUCCAAAUUUAGAUUUUCUUUAUCGGAAAAGACCCCCAAUAAGUUGGAAAUUUCCAAACAUAGUUUUGUUAUGAUACCCGCCAAGGGUGUCUGGCUAAAGGCAGAGAAGCUGUGAAGACUAGUUUGAGUGUCAUAAAAGUUAUAAAAUAGUUAAGAUAAUUUAUAAGUAGUGAUUUUUUUGUUAUUCUAAUAUUUUUAAAGUAUAAUUAUGUAUAAGUAAUAAAGAUUUUAAAUACUUAAUAAUGUGUUACGAAGUUUU